CCCCCCCAUUUCGUAUUCCUCUCCCUCUAUCUCAGUCUCUCUCCCGAGGAGAAGAAGAAGAAGAAGUAGGGACUCCCGUUCUCCUCGGCCCUGAAUCCAAACCUAAAGCGAUUGUUCUUCUGCUGAGAAACAUGGGGCUUACCUUCACGAAGCUCUUUAGCCGCCUUUUUGCGAAGAAAGAGAUGAGGAUCUUGAUGGUGGGGCUUGAUGCCGCCGGUAAGACCACCAUUCUCUACAAGCUCAAGCUUGGAGAGAUUGUCACCACCAUCCCCACUAUCGGAUUUAAUGUGGAGACUGUGGAAUACAAGAAUAUUAGCUUCACUGUGUGGGAUGUUGGUGGUCAGGACAAGAUCAGACCAUUGUGGAGGCAUUACUUCCAGAACACGCAGGGCCUUAUUUUUGUUAUUGACAGCAAUGACAGAGAUCGUAUUGUUGAGGCAAGAGAUGAGCUUCACAGGAUGCUAAAUGAGGAUGAAUUACGGGAUGCUGUCUUGCUUGUUUUUGCAAACAAGCAAGAUCUACCAAAUGCAAUGAAUGCUGCUGAAAUAACAGAUAAGCUUGGUCUGCAUUCCCUCCGUCAGCGACACUGGUACAUUCAGAGCACCUGUGCUACAUCUGGUGAAGGUUUGUAUGAGGGGCUUGAUUGGCUGUCCAACAACAUCGCUAACAAGGCUUGAAAAUUUCAAGGUGCUUGCAAAACAUUCUUCCGUAGACAACAUGAUGGAUUCUUUUGGGAUUUUUAGAUCUUCAAACUUCUGGAUUGUUAUUCCCGUGGUUUACCUUUUUUCCCUCAGUUUUCACAUUUGAGCAAGUUUAGAUUUAGCCAUUGGAGUGACAGAAAUUUGGACUCACCAUUGAAUGACUUCUGUUAUGGUUUAUGCCCCAAUUAUUGAUAGAAUGCUUCACUGUCUAAAUUGUGAUUUCUAGAUGAUUCUUGAUUA